CGCGGUGGGCCUGCAGAAAUGACCGAGUCCUCUGUGACAAAGCUGUCCUCUACCCUGCUGGAUGCCAUCACUGACAAGGACCCUGCAGUGCAGGAGCAAGUCCGCCGUGCUCUGUGCUGCCUCGGGGAGGCGCAGCCGAGGGAGACGCUCUGCGCCUGUGCGAAGUACCUGCAGCAGCAUGACCAGCUGGCACAUCCGUACCGAGCAAUGGUCCUGAGGGCCAUGGAGGCAAUCCUGAGCAGUUGCCCCAGCGAGCUGGACAAGGACACAGCCAGCAUCGUCAUCCUCCUGGCAUCCAGCGAGAUGACCAGGACUAAGGAAUUGGUCUGUGACUGGCAGCAGGCAGCAAGCCAUGUCCUUGUGGCCGUGGGGAAGCGCUACGUCAACCAGGUGAUGGAGGAGGUGCUGAGCAAGCUCCAGCCCGGGGUUGUGCCCCACUGCUUUGUGGUGCGGACGCUCGCUGACCUCUCGCUUUCCAAUGCCUUCGGCACAGUCCCCUUCCUGCCAUCCAUCCUGAGCACCAUGCUGCCCAUGCUGGGCAUGGCCAAGCACGACGCCGUGCGGGUGGCGUUCUGCCGCGCCCUGCAGCACUUCAGCGAGAGCACCCUGGAGUAUCUGGCCAACUUGGACCAAGCCCCAGACCCCACAGUCAGGAAGGACGCCUUUGCUGCUGACAUCUUCAGCGCCUACGAUAUUCUCUUCCACCAGUGGCUGCAGAGCCGAGAAGCCAAGCUCCGGCUCGCCGUGGUGGAGGCUCUGGGCCCUGUGAGCCACCUGCUGCCUGGUGAGAAGCUGGAGGAGCAGCUCCCCAAGCUCCUCCCUGGAGUCCUCGCCCUCUACAAGAAGCAUGCAGAGGCCUUCCACGUGUCCAAGAGCCUGGGCCAGAUCCUCGAGGCAGCCGUGAGCGUGGGCAGCCGCACACUGGAGGUCCAGCUCGAUGCCCUGCUGGCCGCUCUGCAUGCCCAGGGCCGCAGUGAGGCCAGGCCCUGCGCCAUGGCCCCGGCCCUGAGGGGCGGUGGAUGUGCGGUGGGAGAUGGAACCCUCUUGUCGUCUCUUGUAGCUGCUCAGAUGGAAGUUAAGAAGCCCUUUCUUCUCUCCUCCAUGAGGCUUCCCCUUCUGGACACCAACCACAAGGUGAAGCGGGCUGUGGUGCAGGUGAUCAGUGCCAUGGCUCACCAUGGCUACCUGGAGCAGCCUGGAGGCGAGGCGAUGAUCGAGUACAUCGUGCAGCAGUGCGCACUGCCCCCGGAGCAGGAGCCUGAGAAGCCGGGCCCCGACAGCGAGGACCUCGUGGCUGACAGUGUGCGGGCCAUCAGCAUCCGCACCCUCUACCUGGUCAGCACUACCGUGGACAGGAUGAGCGACGUCCUCUGGCCGUACCUGCUCGAGUUCAUCACCCCCGUGCGCUUCACUGGGGCCCUGACUCCACUCUGCAGGAGCCUUGCCCACCUGGCACUGAAGAGGCAGGAGGCAGGGGCCGACGCCUUCCUCAUCCAGUACGAUGCCCACGUGAACCUGCCUUCUCCCUAUGCUGUGGCCACAAGGCUUCUGGUUGUGUCUUCCAGCCCCUACCUGGGGGACGGCCGCGGGAUGGCCGCGCUGCGCCUCCUGAACGUCUUGCAUCGUAACAUCCACCCUUUGCUGGGUCAGCGGUGGGAGACAGCCAUCCCCCUGCUGCUGGAGUACCUGGAUGAAUGUACGGAGGAAACCCUGUCACAGAAGGAGUGGGAGGAAAAGCUGCUGAGGUUCCUGCGGGACAGUUUGGCUGCCGUGUCUGACAACACGUGGAUCUGCCAGCUGAGUCGGGAGAUGUGCAAGCAGCUGCCCUGCUACAAUGGGACGCCCCAGGAGAAGAACUUCCUGUAUAAAUGCAUAGGAACCACCCUGGGUGCUGCUUCCAGUAAGGAGGUGGUGAGGAAACAUCUUCGAGAGCUGUUGGAAACAGCCAGAUACCAGGAGGAGGCAGAGCACGAGGGCCUUGCCUGUUGCUUUGGGAUCUGUGCCAUCGCCCACCUUGAGGACACCCUGGCCCAGCUGGAGGACUUUGUGAAGUCAGAUGUGUUUAGAAAAUCCAUGGGCAUUUUCAACAUCUUUAAGGACCGAGGUGAGAGCGAGGUGGAGAGAGUAAAGAGCGCGCUGAUCCUGUGUUACGGGCACGUGGCCGUGCGGGCGCCCCGCGAGCUGGUGCUGGCCAAGGUCGAGGCCGACAUCCUGCGCAACAUGCUCCAGUGCUUCAACACUAAGGUUCUGGGAAUAAAGGUAGAGACCAAGGACCCGGCCCUGAAGCUGUGCCUUGUCCAAAGCAUGUGCAUGGUCAGCCAGGCCAUCUGCAGCAGCACCCAAGCUGGUGCCUUCCACUUCUCAAGGAAGCCGGAACUGGUGGCACAGAUGAUGGAGUUCAUCAGGGCCGAGCCCCCAGACUCCCUGAGGACGCCCAUGAGGAAGAAAGCCAUGCUCACCUGCACUUACCUGGUCUCCCUGGAGCCAGUGCUGGAGGAGCAGGUCCAGGCAGACAUGGUCCAGGGCUGUCUGCACAGCAUCAUGGCCCUGCCGCCUGAAGACGGAGACGAGGGCUGCCAGGAGGCCCUAUAUCUUGACACAAUGCGUGCCCUUGAAGAUUUGCUCAGGAGCCUCCUGCAGCGCAGCAUGACGCCCCAGAGCCUGCAGAUCAUGGUUGAGCACCUGAGCCCGUGGAUCAAGUCUCCGAGGGGCCACGAGCGGGCACGGGCUCUUGGCCUUAGCGCCUGCCUGCUGCGCUUCUUCCUGGAGCACCUGCAUGUCAGCGCCCUGGUGCCCUUCCACAACCUGGGCCUCCUCGUCGGCCUUUUUGCUCCCCGGUGUGCGGACCUGUGGCCUGCCACCCGCCAGGAGGCCGUGGGCUGCGUCCACUCCCUGCUCUACCUCCAGCUGGGCUACGAGGGCUUCUCCCGAGACUACCACGAUGACAUGGCCGAGCAGCUCCUCACCCUCAAAGAUGGCCUCAAGCACCCUGACCCAUCCAUCCUCUUCCACGCCUGCCAUAGCAUAGCCCAGAUCAUCGCUAAGCGCCUCCCACCAGACCAACUCAUCAGCCUCUUACUAACCAUGUUCGAAGGCCUGGGGGACCCUGAUGAGAACUGCUCCCGAGCUGCCACUGUCAUGAUCAACUGUCUGCUGAAGGAGCGGGGCGGCGUGCUCCUGGAGAAGGUGCCAGAGAUCGUGAGUGUGCUGCGCUCCAAGCUGCAGGAGACCCGCAGGGAGCAUGUCCUGCCGGCCGCCCAGCACAGCGUGUACCUCCUGGCGUCCAAGCACUGUGCGGCCGUUGUGUCCAGCCUCCUGGGCAGCCCCUUGCCCCUUGACAGCCACACCUGCACCCUGUGGCGAGCACUGGCCGUGCAGCCUGGCCUCGCCACCCAGGUCCUGGAGCUGCUCCUGGAGAAGAUGACCAGAGACGUCCCAUUCAAGGAGAGCCGAGCCUUCCUGCCGGGCAGCACUCCUGACCGGGUGGCCACACUGCUGCCCCUCGCCGCUACCUGUGCACUGCACGAGGUUGUGUCUGCUCCAGCGUCGGGGCCCGCAGUGCUCAAGCUCUACCCCCAGCUGUUUGCGGCGCUCCUGCUGCGUGUCAGCUGCACCGUGGGCGUCCAGCUGCCCCGGAACCUGCAGGCCAAGGAGAGGAGGAGCACCAGGAGCUUCGAGCCCUGCAGCGCUGCCGUAGAAACCCUGAAGGCCCUGCUGCUCCGAGGCGGCAGUGAGGACGUGGUGCAGCGCAUGGAGCAGGAGGGAGGCUGGGAGCUGCUCAAGACCUCCGCAGAGCACGAGGAGGGGGUCAUCCUACUGGCCAGUGCCAUGGCCAAGUCUGCAGGCCCCCGGCUCCCCACAGUGGUGAAGGAACUCAUGCGCAUGCAGGCCAGUGUGUAUGAGAUCCAGAGGGUCACCUCCACUGCUUUCCUGGCUGAGCUACUCAACAGCAACGUGGUCAAUGACCUGAUGCUCCUGGAGCUGCUGCUGGACAACCUGACAGCCCAGCAGAAGGACUCCUGCACUAGCGUACGGCGACUGGUGCUCCGCGGUCUGGCCAAUGUCGCCUCUGGCUCCCCUGACGAGGUACGAGCCCAUGGCCCCCAGCUCCUGACAGUCUUGAUCAGCGGGCUGGACGACGGGGAUGCUCCACACAGCCCGGUGGCCCUGGAGGCCAUGGCGGGCCUGGCACGGCUGCUGGACCUGGUGGAGCCCUGGGACCUGCGCUCGGUGCUGCUGCAUGUUGCCAUCCGCAUCCGGCCCUUCUUUGACAGCGAGAAGAUGGAGUUCCGGACAGCAUCUGUGCGCCUCUUUGGGCACCUCAACAAGGCCUGUCACAGGGACUGUGAGGACGUCUUCCUAGAGCAGGUGGUGGGCGGGCUGGCGCCCCUGCUGCUGCACCUGCAGGACCCUCAGGCACCUGUGGCCAGCGCCUGUAGGUUUGCCCUGCGCAUGUGCGGCCCCAAUCUGGAGUGUGAGGAGCUGGCAGCCACCUUCCAGAAGCACCUGCAGGAGGGCAGGGGCCUGCACUUCGGAGAGUUCCUCAAUGCCACCUGCAGGCACCUGAUGCACCACUUCCCUGAGCUGCUGGGCCGCCUGGUGAGCACCAACCUGUUCUACUUCAAGAGCAGCUGGGAAGACAUCCGCAUAGCCGCCGCCAUGUUCACCGGGUUCCUGCUGCUGCACGCUGAGUCUGCGCACAGGCCGCAGGUGGACCUGGAGCAGCUCCUUGCAGCGCUCCAGCUCCUGCUGAAGGAUCCAGCCCCUGCGGUGCGGAUGAAGGCUGCCGAGACUUUGGGCCGCCUGGCAAAAUUUGCCUAAGGCUCCGACCAGUGACCCCCUACAAGCAAUACCCACCCAGGUCUGAGCCUGCCCAGGGACAGGCUCUCCUGAGGACCCACGGCCUGGGAUCAAACCACCGCCCUCCAUGAGGAAGGUGCUGGAGGCCCGAUGGGAUGGGGGCGGAUCACUGUGCCCCCACAUAUUCUCCAAUAAAACUGCCUGCUCAGCGGGUGACAGGAUGCA